AUGUAUGCUUCAGAUCAACUUUUGCAUAGCUUACUUUUAUUCCGAGAUCCAGCAGCACAAAAGCAGCGCAUCGCUACAAAACAACCAACCCCAUAUGAUUCGCAUAAAGUUAGUCAAAUGUGCGGAAAGGGGAAAACAAUCCCAGCAAUAGUACCCUUAUUCGAUACCAAUGCAGAGGAAUCAGGCAAAGACGUUUUUGUCGAUGAUGAGCGAAUCGGUAAGGUCUUGUAA